CAGAGCAUCAAUCAUGGCUCCCGUCUCUGCAUCCAAGGCCAAGCGUCUCGAAGCCAAGGCUGCCAAGGCCGCCGCCAAGGGCGAGUCGGUCUCGUCCAAGUCGUCGGCGCGCAACUCAAAGGUGUCGACCCCGCUCACCACGUCGGCCAACGGCUCGACCGACGACCUCAACGACAUGGCCAAGCUCCGCCUCGCGACCGACCGCUCGGGCUCGGGCGUCCUCUCGUCCGACCCGCACUCGCGCGACAUCCACAUCGAGAGCUACUCGCUCUCGUUCCACGGCCGCCUCCUCAUCGAGAACGCCGACAUUGCCCUCAACUUUGGCCAGCGCUACGGUCUCCUCGGCGAGAACGGCUCGGGCAAGACCACGUUCCUUGAGUCGCUGGCCAACCGCGACGUCGACAUCCCCGAGCACAUCGACAUCUACCUCGUCCGCGGCGAGGCCGAGCCGUCCGACAUGACCGCCAUCGACUACAUCGUCCAGUCGGCCAAGGACAAGGCGGCGCGCAUCGAGCAGCAGAUCGAGGAGAUGUCGAUCGCCGACAAUGUCGACGAGCUUGCGCUCGAGCUCAAGUACGAGGAGCUCGAGGCGCUCGACCCGACCAUGUUCGAGGCCAAGGUCGGCGCCAUCUUGACCGGUCUUGGGUUCGGCAAGGAGAUGAUGGGCAAGGCGACCAAGGACAUGUCCGGUGGAUGGAGGAUGCGCGUCUCGCUCGCCAAGGCGCUCGCCAUCCGGCCCCACCUCCUCCUCCUCGACGAGCCGACCAACCACUUGGACCUCGAGGCCGUCGUCUGGCUCGAGGCGUACCUGUCGACCUACAACCACAUCCUCGUCUUUACGUCGCAUUCGGCCGACUUCAUGGACACGGUCUGCACCAACAUCCUCGACCUGACCCUCGACCGCAAGUUCCUGACGUACGGCGGCAACUACUCGACCUACGUCCGCACCAAGACCGAGAACGAGACCAACCAGCUCAAGGCGUACGCCAAGCAGCAGGAGGAGAUCAAGCACAUCAAGGACUUCAUCGCGUCGGCCGGUACGUACGCCAACUUGGUCAAGCAGGCCAAGUCGAAGCAGAAGAUCAUCGACAAGAUGGAGGCGGCCGGGUUCAUCAAGCAGCCGAUGCGCGCCAAGGACCUGCACUUCAACUUCGAGGACGUCAAGAAGCUCCCGCCGCCCAUCAUCGCCUUCAACGACGUCGCCUUCUCGUACGACGGCAACCUCGACAAGGCGCUGUACCGCGACCUGUCGUUCGGUAUCGACAUGGACUCGCGCAUCGCCAUCGUCGGCCAGAACGGCACGGGCAAGUCGACGCUCCUCAACCUCAUCACGGGCGACCUGCAGCCGAUCCGCGGCUCGGUCAACCGCCACCCGUCGCUCAAGCUCGCCAAGUACUCGCAGCACUCGGCCGACCAGCUCCCGUACGACCAGUCGCCGCUCGAGUACUUCGAGUCGCGGUUCAAGCCCAAGAUGCCCGAGAAGGACAUCCAGUUCUGGCGCUCGUCGAUCGGCCGGUUCGGUAUCUCGGGCUCGCACCAGACGUCGCCCAUCCGCCAGCUCUCGGACGGCCUGCGCAACCGCGUCGUGUUUGCCCAGCUCGCGCUCGAGCGCCCCGACAUCCUCCUCCUCGACGAGCCGACCAACCACUUGGACAUGAGCUCGAUCGACGCCCUCGCAAAGGCCAUCAAGGAGUUCACGGGCGGCGUUGUCAUCGUCUCGCACGACUUCCGCCUCAUCUCGCAGGUCGCCGAGCAGCUGUGGGAGGUCAAGGACAAGAAGGUCGUCGACCUGUCCAAGGAGGACAUCACGAUCGUGCAGUACAAGCAAAUCCUGUCGAAGAACUCGCAGGCCCAGAUCGAGAAGGCCAAGCUCGUGUCCAAGCAGUCGGGCAAGAUGGCCAACGUCUAAACCUCGUCCGCCCACCGUCGUCGUCGUCGUCGUCGUCGUUCGUCUCCCCGCCUCUCUUCGCUCGCCCGCCGGCCUCGCCCGACGAGGAGCCCUUCUUUUCGUUGUGCAACCGCAUCCUUGUCAUAGACCACCUAUCCUCGAGGGAACCAGCUCGACCCACUUCUGCCCAUGUUGUGUUUCGUUCCCCUCCCUCUCUUUCCUUCUCCGCCCCGCUCGCACCCCCUCUCUCACCUCGUCUUCCCUUGCUCUCCUCCUUUCCUGCCGUUCCCCUGUAACUACCUGCCACACGAGGUUGCCUCUCACACAUUC